CGAUGCUGGUGAUCGCAACGCAUGCGCGGCAGGAAUCGUCAUUUGAUAGGCAUGGCGCGCUCUGUUAUUCACCAAAUCUGAAAUGAGGCUCAUGUCACCCUUGUCGCCGCCUCAAUACUCGAGUAUGUCUCCAAUGUACGAUGAUAAUGAUUUCGACCCUUCGCAGGCACAGGAAGCUGAAGAGGAUAGGGCAUUCAGAGAAUGUUUAAAGGGCAUUAACCCUACACAGGCGAACCCGACCACUAAGCCGAAGUCACAGAAUGUAGAGAUGGAUCCUCCGAUGUUACCACCGAGCAUAUUCGGCAUUCACGAAGAUCCGAUUACAUACGGAACACUCAGAGUCAGACCAUCAUAUCCUAUCGAUAAUAUUGAGGAUCUAAACUGGGUUGAGCAGUCGUGUGACGUAAACGAUGGACCAGAUUUUUUCAUGGCACCAUCCCAAUUUAUUACGCCACCUACAUGAACAUUCACCAUGCAUCCAACACCGUUUCGCAAAGUUAAGCGACAACUAUUUUAAUUUUUUGUACAAUGUGUAAAAUAAAAUCAAGCGUGAUACUUAAAA